CAGAUGUGAAUUCCUUCGUUGUUGAGUUGAAAAGCAGAAGAAACGAUAAGCUCUGAGCCACAAAAUCCUCCCUUCCAAUUUCUUUCUGCAUGCCAAAUGUCUCCGGUCUCCCGGAGAAUCCGUUGCUUAACGUCGUUAACGGCCGUUAACUACUUUUCUUCCUGUUAUAUUUGAAGCGGGAAAAGGCGAGGAACACUAUUUCGCCGUCCGCUGACUCCGAUCCACAUCCGAAAUCUGACCCCAUUAACUAACUGGAGGCAAUCCGGUCAACUAGAGGAUCCUCCACUAACGAACUGACACGUUUCGUUACGUAAUCAAACCUUCGGCAGCAACGAGAGCCAGCGGAGAACCUGGUAUCCCCGGUCGCCAAUCAUAUAAAAGAAAGUCGGCUUUUUUCAUUUUUGCUUUAUGCAGGGAUCCCCAUUUAUUGGUUACCUAGGCUUCUCUGCCUUUCUGCUUCGGAUUAUGUCGUUUUAUAUCCGCGAAUUCUCGCUUCUCACAGGAGGUUUGGUGAAUUUUGUGAAUUAUGACCUGAAUUUGGUUGAAGCUUGGACGGGGAUGACCAUUUAGGCUUUUAUGUGGGGAGUUCGAAACUUUCUUUUGGUUUUCUUAUCAUUUGGAGGCUGUCUGAUGGAGCGGGAGUGGAACGGAAGGAAGGAUAUGGUAUUUACGAAAUGCGAUCUAUGUUUAUAUUCUGGAUUUCAUGAGUUUCGGAUGUCUGGAAUUGCCAAGGCAUUUGAACAAAUUUGAAAUUGUUUCAUAAAGAAUUCGGGAGAGUAUCGAAGAACCAAUUUUGAGUCAACGGUUUCCUGGUUUCAUUUUUCAGAAUACACAUUUUUUUAAUGAUUAUUAGGUCUCCAAAAGAACUGCAUUUCAAAAAGAUUGAGAUUAAGAGAAUUGAACCUUUGUCUGGGGUGUUUAUCUUCUUCAUUCGAAUUAUGGUAGAAUUAGGUCUUCCAGGAUUUUGAGGGGCAUAACUGAAGAGACAGUAGAGAUUAUAAGAUUCAGCAAUAAGGUAUUUGGGUUUGGGUUUUGCUUUAAAGAAGUAAAUUUAUGUUAAGGAAGGGAACAUGGCUGCAGGGACUGAUUUGUCACCUCCAUUCACAGUAUUAAAGGGCGGGUACAGUAAGGACAAUGCAUCUUCCUUGGAAGAUAAGAAUUCCGAAGCAAUGAAGAGCCCGAAACAGACGAAUAUCGGGAAACCUCCACGGAACCUUUCUCUUAUGCGACAUUGCAUUAGUUCCGCUCGGUUGGCUCCUAACGCUGAAGAAUUGGAUACUGGAGCUUUUGGCGUAAAGUCACCAUCAACUGGAAAAUCUGGCUUUUUACCUUUCUUUCGUUCAGGAAGCUGUUCUGAGAUUGGACCAAAACAAUACAUGGAAGAUGAACACCUCUGUAUAGAUAAUCUCCUCGAACAUCUUGACACAAAUGUCGACUUCCCUUCUCCAGGGGCUUUCUAUGGGGUAUUUGAUGGCCAUGGCGGUUCAGAUGCUGCAUCAUUUGUCAGAAAGAACCUUCUUAAGUUUAUAGUUGAGGACUCACAUUUCCCUACUUGUGUGAAAAAGGCUCUUAAGAGUGCAUUUGUAAGAGUUGAUCAUGCAUUUGCAGAUGCCCAUUCUCUUGACGAAACAUCUGGCACCACAGCUCUAACUGCUCUUAUUUUGGGAAGGACCAUGCUAAUUGCCAAUGCUGGGGAUUGCCGGGCUGUGUUGGGAAAACGAGGAAGAGCAAUUGAACUGUCCAAUGACCACAAACCCAACUGCACCUCUGAAAGACUGAGAAUUGAGAAACUGGGAGGAAUCAUUUAUGAUGGCUAUCUUAAUGGCCAACUAUCAGUGGCACGGGCCCUUGGAGAUUGGCACAUGAAGGGACCAAAAGGCUCUGCCUGCCCGUUAAGUGCAGAGCCAGAGUUGAAAGAGACGGUGCUGAGCGAGGAAGAUGAAUUUUUGAUAAUGGGGUGUGAUGGGCUGUGGGAUGUGAUGAGCAGCCAGUGUGCAGUGACAAUGGUGAGGAAAGAGCUGAUGGUGCACAAUGAUCCUGAAAGAUGCUCAAGGGAGUUGGUUAGAGAGGCGCUCAAGCGCAACACAUGUGAUAACCUGACAGUUGUUGUAGUGUGUUUCUCCCCUGAUCCACCACCUCGAAUAGAGAUUUCCAAAACUCGAGUGCGGAGGAGUAUAUCAGAUGAAGGGUUGUUUCUUCUGAAGGGGUUCUUGGAUAGCAAUGUAUGAAAAUGGUGGUGACGAUGACGAGUAGCGGCCUGUAUAAAAGAAAUUGGAGGUUACAUGAACAUGGUAGUGAAUUUUUGCCAAGCUGCUGUUGCCCUUGGCCAUGACCAAAUUUCAGUCUCAUUCAGGGAAUAAUAACAGGAAAAAAAAAAAGAAAAUUGGAGUAUGCCACUUUUGUACAUCCAAGAUUGAAUUUCUGUAUCAAUUGAAAACAUCAAUUGCUCUAGUGUGUGUGUGCAGUUUA